GCUUCCGGAUGCUCUCCCAAGCUCUCAGCAGUGCUCCUGAGCUGCCAAGGCUGCGGAAAGUGAGAGGCGGCGAGUUUGCUUACGUCACGUCAAGGGGCCGGAGGAAGCAGGUCGGGGACCGGCUCCAGAGGGACGCCUUCGGACCGCGGUGACCUGCGUGCUGCUGUCUCACUGCCCUGCAGUGUCAGUGCUGCCCUAGGAGAAGAUGGGGAAGGGUUGCAAGGUUGUCAUUUGUGGGUUGCUGUCUGUUGGGAAAACUGCAAUUUUGGAGCAACUCCUUUAUGGGAAUCACACUAUUGGUCCUGAGUUCAAUUCCCAGCAACCACUUGGUAGCUCACAACCAUCUGUAAUGGGAUCUGAUGACCUCUUCUGGUGUGUCUGAAGACAACGACAGUGAGUUCAGACUUGAAAAAAAAAAUUAAAGGGUGACCAUUUGGAGCUAGUUCUCACCGACCUUUCAGUGCGCCCCAGGAAUUGAACUCAAAAUACCACCAAGCUUGAGAGCCACCUUGAUGGUCCAAAACAUUUUUUUAGAAAAGCAAGACGCAUUUGGAUGAGGAUGGAAGACUGUGAAACGCUGGAAGACGUGUACAUGGCAUCUGUAGAGACAGACCGUGGGGUGAAGGAGCAGCUGCACUUGUAUGACACCCGAGGCCUGCAGAAAGGCGUGGAGCUGCCAAAGCAUUACUUCUCAUUUGCUGAUGGCUUUGUUCUUGUGUAUAGUGUGAAUAACCUUGAGUCCUUCCAAAGAGUGGAGCUUCUGAAGAAAGAGAUUGAUAAGUUCAAAGACAAAAAGGAGGUGGCAAUCGUUGUGUUAGGAAACAAACUGGACCUUUCUGAGCAGAGACAGGUGGAUGCUGACGUGGCACAACAGUGGGCAAGAAGUGAGAAAGUCAAGCUGUGGGAGGUGACAGUGACAGACCGGAGGACACUGAUUGAACCCUUCACUUUACUGGCCAGCAAGCUUUCUCAGCCCCAGAGCAAAUCCAGCUUCCCUUUGCCUGGGAGGAAAAACAAAGGGAACUCCAAUCCCGAAAACUGAGUCAAGCCUUGAAAUGUCUGUAGCCUGGCAUGAGGUUACGAUUUAACGUGGCCCUUCUCAGAUCACCUCUGGGCCUAAUGGAACCCCUAAGUGGUAAUUUAAUGCACUUUCUAAUUAAGUUAAUUACUUUAUAAUUAACCUAGUUUAUUGCUGUUGGACAUUAUUUUUUGCCUUUAUUUGAAACCUGUUCUUAUUUUGUUAUUUAUUCUGCACUUGUCAAUAAUAGCAAAAUAAAAUUUAGAGUAUGCAAUAUACCAUGGGAACUCUUCCAGCUUGUCAGGACUCUCAUACUCAUUGUAAUUUUAUGCAAAUGCCUUAUCCUUCCAUAAACGCAUGAAUAACAGGGGUGGCUGGGCUCGCUUGGCAAAGCGCCUUCCCCACUGAGUCACAGGCCCAGAACUCUUGUCUUACACAGAGCUAGAGAGAUUGCUCAGCAGGUAAGGCCGACGCCUUGCAGAACUUGUAGCACCUUUAACAGAUUCCAAGGGAUCCAGUGUCUUCUCUUGGUUUCUUCAGGCAUUUCAUACACUUAGUGCUCAUAUAUACAAGCAGAGAAAAUCACUCAUACACAUAGAAUAAUAUCUAAGGUUAAUCAUCUAAGAUUAUAGAGCUUGGCAAUUGCUUUGUGUACUUAAAUUGUCCCAAUAACAAUCUGGAUCUCUAAAUUCUCAUUUUACAGAGGCUUUGCUGAACAGAACAAGAGUGGUGGUUUUGUUUUGCUCUAUUAAGUAUUAAGAUCUUAGGGUUAGGACGAGGUGCUUUUGUAUUCAGCGCCCUGAUUUUAUUCUAUAAGCUAGGCCUGUGCUGGUGAUAAAAUUAAAUACUAGAGGGUCUUUUGAAAAUGGCUAGGCUGGAGAACAGGGAAACAUCCCUUUUCUUCUAAUAACCUUGCCAUAUACAAUAAAAUGCCAGAAAUAGAGUUACCAUUAGUUUUCCAUAUUAAUCUGAGUUUACAAUUUAAUUUAUGGAAAAUCUUUUAAAAAAGAUUGCCAACCCUAUACAAAGAACUAGGAAAUAAGUUGUUUAGUGUUUUCAACUGUAAAUAAUCUUUAACCAUUUAACUGAAAAGCAAAAUAUGAAACAAGGUAAAGAAUGCAUUAAGUACGGAACCUUCCUUCAACCAUGAGCAUUGCUGCUGCUUGCUUUUCUGUUGGUACUGUAGACUGAACUCAAGCUGUAUCAUUAGCCUUUUUAAGGAAGGGUUUGUUUGUUUAUUGGCUUUUCGAGACAGGGUUUUUCCCUGUAGCUCUGGCUGUCCUGGAACUCAUUCUGGCCUUGAACUCAGGAAUCAGCCUGCCUCUGCCUCCCAAGUGCUGGGAUUAAAGGUGUGUGCCACCACUGCCGGGCGAGAAAGGGUCUUAAUAAAUUACCCAGGCUUUGAACUUGGAAUCUUUGUGCCCAGACACCCUGAAUACUGGGACUACAGCCACCCGGUUUGCCCUUCAUCCCACUAAACACUGGCUGGUUGGAACUAUGUAGACCAGGCUAGCCUUGAUCUCAAGUCCUCCUCAGCUGGGAUUAAAGUUCUGUACCAUUAUACACAGUCUUGGCCAAUUCUUUUUUUAAAAAAACAUACUUUUUUGGUUAUCUCUCAGGUUAAGUCAGCCCGCCCUUCCAGGUACUUUUCUCUCAGCUUUGUCUUCUGAUAUAUUUUAUAUAGAUCCUGCCUGGUGUUUCUGUUUUUUCUUUUGGCUGCAUUUAGAUCUUGUGCUUUAAUAUACGUGGAAUUGUUUAUGUAAUUAAAAUGCUUUUUGAGACUGGGUGUCAUGUAGCCUAGGCUAGUCUCAAACCCAGUGUGUAGCUGAGGAUGACUCUGAACUUUAAUCCUCUGGCAUCCAAUCACCCUGGGAUGAAGGUGUGUGAAUGCUACUAUGCUCAGCGUUCACUUGACUGAGGCUGGAGCCAUAGCCAGCAGCAGUGCUACUGAGUCACUGAGCCUGCUCUGCAAGAUGAGCACCAGCUCACCAGAGUGGCUCAUUUCUCCUGUGUCUGCUGCCACUUCAUCUGCAGAUCAGAAAAUGCUUUGAGCAACAGGCAUUGAGUAUAUCUUUGACGCUUUAGCUGGCUUACACUGUUUUGUUUUUUGAGACAGGGUUUCUUUGUGUAGCCCUGGCUGUCCUGGAACUCACUUUGUAGACCAGGCUGGCCUUGAACUCAGAAAUCCACUUGCCUCUGCCUCCCAAGCCUGGGAUUAAAGGCGUGCACCACCACUGCCUGGCUGUUUAUUGUUUUUAAGAUAUCUCCAGGGGGCUAAAGAGAUGGCUCAGGGGUUAAGAGCACUGACUACUUCUUCCAGAGGUCCUGAGUUCAAUGGCCAGCAACCACAACCAUCUUUAAAGGAUCUGAUGCCCUCUUCUGGUGUGUCUGAAGACAGCUACAGUAUCUUUAUUUAUACACAUAAAUAAAGUCAUAAAAAGACAUCUCCAAAAUGUGCUGUGUAAGUAUCAGCUCUGGCAUAUAUUAAGUGAUAAGUAUUCCUUAACCUGCUUUCAGAAGCAAAGACUGCAGAGAGGAAAUGAACACAGCAGGGUCAGUAGUUGUUCUUAAUAUUGUUUAUUAGCACAAAUGCAGACGUAAGAAGUCUAAACCAAUUGACUGAACAAUUCCUAUUCCACACUUACAGUUAACAGCUUAAGGUAUUUCACUACAGGUUUCCACAAAUUGUGAUUCAACCCUUGAAGUAAUUUGCAUAUAAGAUAAAAUACAUUAACUACAUGGUGUCUUGUAGCCAGGUGUCCAUUUUACAUAUACGAGGUAACAAACUCAUCUUUGCAAACUUGUUAAAUACCAUUGUUUCCUUUUAAGAAGGAAAAACAAAUUCCAUUUUUUUUGAACAAGAAAAUAGGACUUUACAUAAAUGACAUGUACCUAUACAAAUUUAAGCUGAUCAAUGGAACACAAGUAUCUACACAUGCUUUCUUUUGUACUAAAAGUCAGCUAAUCUUGCAAAGUUUCAGCUCUAAAAGUCGCUAUUACCAGUUUGUCUACUGUAGCAAGAUACCUUAAGUUACAACAAAAUCCUGGGAAGUAAGACUGAAUAAUAUCUGAUAUAGAAAUAGCCUACUCUUUACCAACUCCCACCCCCACCCUUUCAAAAUCAUAAGCAGCUCUCUUCUGUGACAGACAAGUCAUGUAAGAACUGAAAACCCAGUUUAUGUAGCGUAUCUCUUGGUCCACUGUCUGGCCAUUCUGUCGUGUUCUGCUCUGUUGGUCAUGUACUGAGUGGCAAUACUUCCCACCAAAGGGUCAGCUGGAAGAAAAACAUGUAUGUUACUUUGGAGAAAGAAAAUCAGAUACUUUGCCCAUGUCUGAAACACUCACUGUCAGAAGGUGUUUUCUUCUAAUCUUUAAAAACAGUUUUUAAAAAGGUUUAUUUUAUGUUUUUGGGUACUCUGUUUGCAGGUUAUGGAUGUGGGCCCCUAGUGGGUGCUGGAAGCUGAACCCCUCUGCAAGAACACUUGCUCUUCAGCUGGGCCACUGUUUUAGCCCUUCAUCUAAUCUUAUCUAGAAGGGUGGGAGGAGUGGCCUUGGCUUCAUUUUCUUAUUCUACUUUAGUUCUCUCUCAACAAGUGACACUCUUUGUUCUCCAUGUGUAUGACCAAGGCUCCAAGACCAACUUUGUUCAACCAAUUAGAGCUGUAGAUAUUGGGAAGUCUCUCUGGCUGGUGCAAUUGGCAGUAUCUAUUGUAUAAUGUAUACCUAGAAAAGGCCAAAAACCCAGACUUCCAAAUAAAUGUGUUUCUCUGAAAAUGGAAUGCCUAGUUAAAUUUGUAUAUUUAAGCAGAAAAAUAAAUAAUUUCUUUCUUUUUAAAAA